UCUCUUUCUGUGGUAUGAUCCCUUCAUGCAUUGAAAUUACUGCGAUUUGAUUGCAAUUUUGGCAAUUUUUCGUCAGUUUUCCGGUAUUGUUUGUUCGUUGUAACAUUUUCCUUGGGUCUCCGGUUCGGACUGUACCGGUGAAAACUACCCCGCGAUAUUGUGUGCUCUUGCGAUUGCGUAUCGAUUGUUACAUUAAGCAGAUUCAUUGUUUCCGUCUAGUUGGCUUAUUUUUGUUUACAUUGUCAGAAGUAGUGAAGCGUAUACUGUUUUUUUUUGUUCGCAAGUAAAUUGUGUUUGGUGAGGAGUGCUCCUGUAAAUCCGUGGUAGUGCCGCAUUAGCCGGAAUAUUACUGAAAAGAUAGACGGUGUGAAGAGGUGAGACAACAGCAGAAAAUUCGAAAUCGUGUCGCUAGCAAUGAUGUCUGCGAGUAACAUCAGUGUGGGGGCGGGAACAGGCGGAAGUAAAAGUGACACGUCGUCACGGGCUGCCCCUCUAAAGAAUCCUCUGCUGAGCACGCAAGUGACGGGUCUGACGCUGGACGAUUUCACCCACAACGCAUUGCUGCUUCCGGCGGCACCACCGCAGAUGCUCGAGGUCAGCCGGGAAUUUGGAACAACAGACGCCGAGAAACCUAUCGUGUUUAGUCCGGGUGCGGCACCCGGGCUCCUCCAAGACUUGGACAACUUCAGCGAGAUUGAUCUCCAUUCUUCAUCGGAACCAUUGAGCUCAGUGCCAACCUCUACCGUCGAGUACAAUCCGUUACAAGAACUCGAGGAAGCAGAAGUGAAGGGCACCGAGCCAAGUUCGUAUCUGCAGCAGACUUCUGCGAUCACAGCUCAAUUCGCAGCACAGCUGCCCAACGUAGCCUCAACUGUAUUCUCCACUUUUAGCCGUGUCAUCAAAGGUACCUCUCCGCAGCCGACCUUUGAUCAGCCGCCGGUAAUUUCACUGAUAGAUCCAGCAUCGGCUUCACAAACAGUUUACGAUUAUUCCGAGCCACCCGCUGCUCAAAUACCAAGCUUUGCUGUGACCCAACAAGAACAAGGACCACCACCGCCACCGCCAACUUUCUUCAACCCGGUAGAAAUCAGCAAUUCGGGCGUAACACAGCCACCUCCGGUGGCACCGGCUGCUUCCAACAGCUACCGAUUAGGGGGGAGUAAGAAGAAAACCUAUGCUCAUAUCCCCGGCUUGAGCGCGGCUGGACCUUCACCAACAGUUGAAGCUCCCGUACAAAAUCCGUGUGUGGCUCAGCUUCCAUCAGCGCCCGAAUCCCCGGUCACAUAUCAUCCAAACCUUCAACAAAUACAACCGCCAAAAUCGAGCUUCUCGUUCUUAGAGAAGCUGCCCAAUUUGUUGGAGAAACUCCCCGUACCGGCGGCAUUUACGUCGGCCCAACAACAGCAACCAGACGUUGUUCCAACUCCAACAGAUUAUUUUAGCAGCCAGGCAGCUCCGCCUAGCGCGCCAGGGUUUGGCGAACAGCCGCCUCCGUCAAUCGUUCAACCAGUGGUACCAGAAGCACCGGUUGCUCCGUUUCAACAACCAGCCAACCAGCAACACCCAGCCAAUUUACCACCUCCACCAACGUUCUUCACCCCUGCUCAAAUCCCAACCAUUCCGAACCAUCCUCAGACCCAACCGUCGAAGAACCCAUACAGCUCAAGUCGGCUCAAUAGAGGCUCAGUUGGCCUCUAUAAGAACCCUCUUACCUCACCAGCUCCCAUAGCAGCUCCGGUAUUUCUUCAAGAACCACCCAAAGUCGCCACAAACUUUCCACAGCCUGUCGCUCACAUCGAGCCCACUUCCCAACCUCCGGUCCAAUUCUUUAACCCCACAAUAUCAACCCACCAAGUUAAACCACCUAAAACUCAUUCUCCUACAUCUCGGCACAUUAGCGAAUCGCCCUCGGCAGGAACCGAUCAGGUCGGAACUGUCAUCUCCCGACCGCAAUCGUCACUAAGCGAAUCCUUGGGCCGCAGUUCCAACCCAUUCACCCCCUUCCAACAGGACACCCAAUCCGAGACAAAAACGGUUAUAGACAGCCGUUCUAAGUCGAGUGAAAACGUACUUUCACCGCCUCCCCGUCCGAAUUCGAAUCUAAGCGAACCGGCUAUCUACAGCGAGAUAACACCUUUAAGCGAUCCGGGAAAGAGUAUUGAAGCAAGCGUCGCGUCCACUCUCGCAUCGAACAACUAUCCUUCGUUCAAUACAUUGAACAGCACCCAGCAAGUAGUACAACCUUCGGUGGGCAGUCCCAUUCCGGCUCCAACGGCGGAUCCGUUGCCACCAACAGCCUCGAGUUUCUUCAACUCAUCUGCAGCUCCACAGCAGCAGCCAGGGAGUUUACCCCCACCCCCAGUUACUGGUGGAAUCAGUGGAUGCAAACCGUAUAAUCUUCAAAAAACUCGACGAAGUGCUUAUACCGUUCCACCAAGUCUUGAUCAACCAACUGCAGCACCGUGUAAUUUAGCAUUCAACACACACCCGGAAUUGGUGCAACCUCAGCAAUACUUCAGUAGCCCUUUUGCCCAAACGCAACCCUUCUAUCAGCCACUUGUUCAAACCAUUGUGCCAACCGCUCCAGCGGUAUUCUUUAAUCCUCCAGCUGUUCCACAGCAAUCUGUCCAUCCACCGCUAUCAUCUACUACACCUAUUCCAUUCUUCAACCUAGCACCGAACCAACCACAACAAACCAUCGUUGCUUCGUUCUUCAAUUCUCCAGCACAGGAUCGCAACGCUAAUCCGGUCCCACAAUCAGUCCAACCGCCACUAUCAUUCGCCUCUGUUCCGCCAAAAUCGUUAACACCAAUUUCCAACCCCCAACCUCGGCCGGAUAUCAACAGUAACCCAGCUAAUCCCCUACCCAACAAGCAACAAGCUCGCCCAUCGUCAGCGGUAUCGAAUUAUUUCUUCACGGAACCUACGCGCCAGGAGGCACCCGCAGAUGUUCUGAACGCCAACUUCGCCAAUCUCCCGAAUCCGAUAGAUUUUUUUAACACUACGUUACCGACCGUUCAACAUCCCACAGCCAAAACGGGGCAAUCUCAGUCACAGGUUCAGUUGUUCAACCUCUUCAGCGCACCGGCACCCGGAGAGGUCGAAGUGGUGGACGCGCCCGAACAGACAGAACUCUCCCAAGCGGAUCAACAGCUGCCAUCACAGUCAUCCGAGCCGCAGCAUCCAGCGAGUUCUGGGUUUGAUCAGGAAGAGGGUACAAGCGAGGAAGCUUCCGCCAAAGAAGAAAACGAAGAACUACAAACGAAUCAACUGAACGAAGAAUCGCCGAUCGGUGGGAAUCAGACCAACGUGGUGAACGACAACCAACUGGACGAUCAGUACGACGAUCCGGUGGAGCAAGAGCGCAUCGGGAACGCCCCGGAACCUAUUUUUAGCAGCGAUAAUUUGUUCGAGUUCAAAAAGUCUCCCUUCGAGGACGAUACCUUCUCCAAGGACGUUCUGGUUGACGCCAAUAGCAGCAGCAUGGCAGCGAUGACGGCAACGGCUGCGGCCGCUACUGGGGGUGCUGCUUCGGCUGCGGUGGAGAGUUCGAUGGCCUCGAUCAACGAGACCACAAACAUUGCCUAUCGACCUGUCUACCGACACUGGUUCUAUAGACGUGGAGCCGAAAGCAAAAUAACCUGGUGUCCUUUUUCGAUGAAUGAUUCUCUCGCGCUAGAAGAUGCCCUGGCACUCGUGCAGGAUGACGACAAUACUCCGACGAUCAUCGCCGUGGAUGGGGGUCGACACGAUGUGUCGAUCAAAGAUCGCAAAAUGUCAGCGGUCUAUUGGCGACAUGAACCCCAAGAAGUGCGCAGGUGUUCCUGGUUCUACAAGAAUCUGGACUCCAAAUUCAUCCCGUACGAGGAAGAAGUAGCUGAACUGUUGGAAAGGGAAUACAAGGAAGCAGCCACUUCUGGUGAGUGGCAACGCCGGGUGACGAUUCCCAAUGGGGAAACCGUAGUUUUCCACGGACCAUCCGUGAUCGUUCACUUCCUUCGGACACAAAACCCGGAUGCGUGGGCCAGCUCGUCACCGGUUGCAUCAACCACUAAUCGACCACGGGUGGUCAAGCGGGGUGUUGACGAGUUCAAUAUUGACGAUGGCGAACCGGAUCGCGUCGAUCACCUGCUCUUCAUGGUGCACGGUAUCGGCGAAGCGUGCGAUCUCAAGUUCCGCAGCGUGGAGGAAGUGGUGGACGAAUUCCGUAGCAUUUCGGCUCAGCUAGUGCAGAGCCACUAUCGCUCCUCGGUCGAUCGUGGUGAUGUUGGUCGGGUAGAAGUUUUGCCAAUUUCCUGGCACAAUGAUCUCCACUCGGAGGAGUCCGGAAUCGACAAAAAGCUGAAGGCGAUCACGCUAGAAUCGAUACCGAAGCUCAGGAACUUCACCAACGACACCGUGCUCGAUGUACUUUUUUACACGAGUCCUAUGUUUUGUCAGAACAUUAUCGAUGCCGUUGGGAAUUCGCUGAAUCGGUUGUAUUUACUGUUUUGCGAGCGGAAUCCUUCGUUCAAAGGCGGAGUUUCACUGGCGGGUCACUCGCUCGGUUCGUUGAUUCUGUUCGAUUUGCUGUGCCACCAGAAACCACAACCGAUGGAGACGGAGAAUUCGGAAAAUCCCGAUGCCGACCGUAUGUCUGUGUUGCGAAGCAUCCACCCGAAGCAUAGACCUCUGUCCCGGAAAUGCUCGCAGCAAAUCAAUUACGAAGUCGGCCCUGCCGGUACCGGUCAACCGUACAUCACCUAUCCGCAGCUUGCUUUCCAGCCAAAGAAAUUCUUUGCCCUUGGCUCACCAAUUGGAAUGUUCGUAACAGUUCGAGGCAUCGAUGCCCUUGGCUUGGACUUCAAGCUACCCACCUGUGAUGGAUUCUUCAAUAUCUUCCACCCAUACGAUCCGGUAGCCUACCGAGUGGAAGCUCUCGUCAAUCAGGAACUCCGCAACGUACGCCCUGUGCUCAUACCCCACCACAAGGGCCGCAAACGAAUGCAUCUGGAGCUGAAGGAAACCAUGGUCCGCGUGGGAACCGAUCUGAAGCAAAAAGUGUUGGACACAUUCCGGAACACACUGGACGCCGUUUAUGCGAUGACUUCACUGAACAGACCUGAUACGAAGGCCAUCGAAAGCGAGGUGGAUAAAGUGAUCAAGGAUCAGCUCAAGUUUGAAACGUCUUCUUCGGCGACGACUGUUUCCUCGGGAGAUUUGGACACCGGUGACACGGACUUGCCGAUGGGUCAGCUGAACCAAUCGAGACGAAUCGAUUACGUGCUGCAGGAGGCACCACUGGAAUUUUUCAACGAGUAUCUGUUCGCGUUGACAAGCCAUGUUUGCUAUUGGGAAUCGGAAGAUACGAUGCUCUUCCUGAUGAAAGAAAUCUACACCAGUAUGGGAGUGCAAAGUGACAGUAAAAUUCCGCAGCAAUCGAUGACGAUUGAGAGACCAAUCGCUAGCCCAACGCCCUCUUGCAAUUCGCACUCAAAUUAUAACCUCUUUCCCCAGCAUCAUCAGCAGCAGCAGCCAGACGAAGGCAACCGAUAAUGGGCUACUAUUGCGCUUCUAGUAAGAUGUACCUUUUUUAUUGACCAACCGCCUUUAUUGUUAGGUUAAGUGUUUUGUUUAUUGCAUAAUUUGUGGUAGCUAUUGGGAGUGAAGAAGGAUGUUUGUUUUCGAAAAUGAGAAUGACGAUGUUUCUGUUUUUGAAUUGUGACCAAGUGACCUGGUGGAGCAUAUUUCCGCCGUGCGUUUUACAUAUUAUUCUUUAUUUGCGACGAUUCCGCGGCGAACCCAUCGACGAAAAGUUUUACGAAAUAAUGUUAUUUUGAAGCACUUUCAAUUUACUUAACGAAAUACGGAUAAAGAGGAAAAUAUUUUAUCGAUGUUGCGAACACUAGAAUUUGUGCGAAAAGAUAUAAACGAGAUGAAGAUUUCCUUUAUUCAAAUAAAAUUACAUACAUUCGUGAA